AUGCCAGGAGAUCAAGUUGCUGGUAAACUUGGAAGCCUUCAACUUGAACCAGGGGGGUGCCAGAAGAGGUCUAACGGUAACGGUGUGUUUGAUAUAAAAAAUCGAAACCGAAACGGGAAUUUGUUUAAAAAUAACCCAUUUGUGGACAACAACGGUCAACGAUUUUCACAUCGAAGUGGUGAUUCCGAUCGUCAAAAUGUCUACAUCAACCCAAUGCAUGUUAGUAAUGGGUUAGUUCCGAAUUCAUCGCAGAUUAAGUACAACAACGAAGUGUUGUCCCACGGUAACUUUAACAAUCAACCUUUGCCUCAUGUCUACAACAAUCAACCACAUUACAACGGCAACACAUUGCAUUAUAAUGGAAAUGACAAAGCCCACGGAGGACCUUCUUCUUCAUAUGGAGUUCCUUCUCAACAAAAUUACAUACCAAAAGAUAGUCAACAACAACUACAUCCCAAAAGACGACAGUACAGUAAUGAGAAACAGGUUGAUUACCAGAACCGUGGACUUGGAAAUUCUCCGCAAUCAAUGCCUGGACAUUCUCAUCAGCCUGUACCGCCUCAUCAAGCUGACAUGUCCGUACCACCCCCACCAGUCAAUUUCCCAGUACAUGCUACGCAGAACCACAACAACGGGACGAUUAAUAAUGUGAACGACCUUAUGCUCCCCAGACGAGAUCAACAACAAAGUGUGACUAAAACCGACCAAAGAAAAGUUACAGUUAAAAAGGAUAGAUUUGUCUUAGUAAACGACUUACAAAAACACGUUGUUGUGAACAACGUACAUCACCAUUAUGUGGUUAAUAAUAUGCAAGAAGUUAAAGAACGUCCGGUUGUACAGAAGCAAAAUGAUUUUGUCAACGCACCACCUUUAAGCUCAAACCAAGGCGCUGUUUCUGAUCCAAUCGAAGUAGAACCGAUCCCAAACUCUAACGACUCACCGUAUAUUGAGGCAAUACCUGCUACUGAAUCGGAUCCACAUGUAUCUAUUGAAUCGGGCCAAAUGUCCAUAUCUGAUUAUCAAACUUCUCCUUUAGACACACCUGAACCUCUCAGACAAGGCAUAGUUCUACAACCAUCUGAAUUUGCUCAACAUUUAUCCAAUCAAUUACAACAACUACCUUGCCAUUUUCAACGAUUACCUAAUCAUCUACAAAAUUUACCUACUCAUCUACAACAACUAUCUAAUCAUCAAUUUACAUAUCCUCAUGAAUCUGUUCGACAACUUAUACCUAUUCCUCAACCUGCUUUACUCAGUCAAUCUACUAUGCAGCCACUUUCUUCGGUAAACCAACCAUUACAUAUACAUCAAUCUAAUUUGGUUAAUUCAUCAGUCACUUCUGCUUUAGCAAAUACAUCAGUACCCGCAAUUGCUUCAGUAAAUACAUCUGUUAACUCAUCAGUAUUGGUACAUCAACCCUUAUCCGCAAACUCGUCAGUAACUGGUUAUCUACCUCCGUCAGGCAGGUCAUCCUUUCAACAUAUUCCACAUGUAAACCUACCUCAGCCUAUGAUUGUUCCUCAGCCACUAAUGUAUCAGCCUGUUCAAAACAAUGUCAAUUUAAUGGAGUAUAAAAACUUCAACGAACCUAUUGAUGCCGCCCAAAGUUUGCCGUUUUUACCGUAUGUUCCUCAGCAUGUUGUUAUGCAGCCGGACGGACAAGCGGUAGGUUAAAUAGCUAUUUUUUAUAAAUUUAGGGGGGGAGGGUGGGGGCAGAGUUUUAAAAACUAAAGUGGGAUAAAGCAUUUUAAUAAUACCGUGGUAAAAAUUUUAUAAUUAAAUUUUUAAAAAUUCAUUUUUAAAAAUUUUAGAUUGUCCAACCUCAAAACUACGUACAAAACGGAACAGUUUAUUAUCAACAACCUCAGGUCAACUUGCCUAUUCAACCAAUGUUGCAUCCAAUUUAUGGUCUAGACAUGCCAAUUUGUUCAAAUGGACCAGCACCUAAUGUGAAUUGUGCACCAUUUCCUCCCAAUGGAUUUAACAAAAAUUUAAGCAUGGCCGAUCAGCAAUUUACCCAAAACGAAGUUUCGAAUCAUUCUGGAAAAAACAAAAGUGCAAAAGUCAACAAAAAACCUCAAAAAAAAUUCGCUGUGCCGGAACUUUUUUAAUAAUGGUCAUUGUCCAUUCCGGGAAAGGUGUCAUUUUGCUCAUAGUUCAAAGGAAUUGACAGACAAAGAAGUAAGUCUAUCAAAACAAAUAUUUUACACAAGGGCAAGGUAGAGUAAGGUAAUAAGAAAUUUUAAAAUUAUAAAAUAAAUUUCAGCUCCCUGAAAACUUUAAAACAAUAGAUUGUGAAGCCAUUUUAACAGAAGGUCGUUGUCAUUAUGGUGAGAAAUGUUUCUUCUUUCAUGAAGGUGAAGAUCCAUAUAAAAGAGUUAAUGGAGCACCAAGCAUAGAGCAAUUUAUGGCCGACAAAGAAGAACACAUUAGGCUAAACGGGAUGGCAGAUCUGGAGAAUCAGGAAGACAAUACGUGA